AAGCUCAAAAUAUUUACUGCUAUUUUCCCCUUUUUAAACAGGCACUACUUUGCCCUACCCACUAAUCCUGGUGAGCAGUUCUUUAUGUUUUGCACGCUGGCCGCUUGGCUGAUCACUAAAGCGGGACGUCCCUUCGAACAGCCACAGGAAUAUGAUGACCCCAAUGCAACAAUAUCAAAUAUACUCUCAGAAUUGCGAUCAUUUGGAAGGCCUGUGGAUUUUCCUCCCUCAAAAUUAAAGGCAGGUUAUGGAGAGCAAGUGUGCUAUGUUCUUGAUUGUUUAGCUGAAGAAGCCUUGAAAUACACUGGCUUUAGCUGGAAAAGGCCAGCAUAUCCAACAGAAGAGCCCGAAGAAGAAGAAAUAACAGAAGAUGAUGCGGAAUUAAUACUAAAUAAACUGCAAGAGGAUGUUGUGGAGGAAGAGUCCGACAAUGAAGAAAAUUUGAUUGACCUGAAUGUUCUAAAGGCACAAACAUACAGAUCGGACAUGAAUGACAGUGCAAAGCAAGAAGAGAUUCUACAGUCCACAACAGAUACAGCAGAGUGGAAUCUGGAAGUGGAGCGUGUACUUCCGCAGCUGAAAGUUACAGUGAGGACAGACAAUAAGGAUUGGAGGAUUCAUGUAGAUCAAAUGCAUCAGCAUAAGGAUGGAAUUGAAUCUUCUUUGAAAGAAACUAGGGGUUACCUUGACAAACUCCAUAAUGAAAUUGGCAGAACGUUGGAGAAGAUCAAUAGCAGGGAAAAGUACAUUAACAACCAGUUGGAGCACUUGGUUCAAGAGUACCGUUCAGCACAAGCCCUGCUGAGUGAGGCCAAGGAGAAGUACCAGGAGGGAAGUGGAGGAGUAACUGAAAGGAUGAGAGCGUUUGCUGAGAUUACAGAAGUAUUAGAGAGAGUAAAGCAAGAAACAGAAGAGAAAGGAAGCAGUAUGACUGAUGGAGCUCCUCUAGUGAAGAUUAAGCAGGCCUUAACGAAACUGAAGCAAGAAACCAUUCAGAUGGACAUACAGAUUGGUGUAAUGAAACACACGCUGCUCCAGUCAAAGCUGAGAGAGAAAUCCGAUAUGACCAGAGAUAUGCAUGCGACAAUAAUUCCAAAAGCCACAGUAGGUGCCUAUUAAAAUUGUCUGGAGCUGACUCAGUUUGUCCAAAAUACAGUUUUCUACUGUUUGCUUUUUUGUUAGUU